AUGUUGCCGCCACACCAGAAUGCUGCUGCUGCUGCUGCUGCUGCUGGUGCUGCUGGUGCUGCUGCAGCAGCUGCAAACGAUGCUGCUCCGCGGUCGGCUGCAGUCCUCGGCCCGAGGACAGCAGCAGCAGCAGCAAAAGCAGCAACAACAGCAGCAACAGCAGCAGCAGCAGCAGCAGCAGCAGCAGCAGCUAUGUCGACCUACGUAGAGCGACGGCCUCCCCAGAAGCGCCACACCCAUAGAAGCCAUCCUUAUGGGGGCCCCCAGGGGCCCCCUGAAGGGGAGGGGGCCCCCUCUCUCUUUAGUCGCUUCACCUCACGGGUUUCUUCUUUCUUCCAUAGGGCCCUGGGAGGGGCCCCUAAGGCCCCCGCAGCGCAGCAGCAGCAGCAGCAGCAGCAGCAGCAGCAACUGCAGCAGCAGCAGCAGCACAGUAGGGCCCUGGGAGGGGCCCCUAAGGCCCCCGCAGCGCAGCAGCAGCAGCAGCAGCAGCAGCAGCAGCAACUGCAGCAGCAGCAGCAGCACAGUAGGUUAGUGAGCGAAUGCAGCUCCUUCUUCAGUGAGACACGCAGCGAGGCCUCAGGAUCACCCUACCGAAAUAGCUGCCAGAAGCAGCAGCAGCAUCAGCAGCAGCAACAGCAGCAGCAGUUUCUGCAGCUGCCUUUAGAGCAGCAGAUCCACUAUCAACAGGGGCCCCAAGGAAGCUGGGGACAGGAGCCUUCAGCCGCAGCAGCAGCACCAGCAGCUGACUUGUCGACAUCUUCCCUCCCAUAUAUCUGCUGCUCUCAGCAGCAGCAGCAGCAGCAGCAGCAGCGGAGGCAGCGCCAGCAGCAGCACCGCAGCGGAGCCUACCGACCUGCCUCUGCAGCAACAGCAGGAGCAGCAUCAUUCACAUCCGCCUUAGGGGAGAAUGGGGGCCCCCUGGGGCCCCGGCAGCAGAUGCAGCCGCAGCUCGCUGCCCUGGCACACCUUGGGCAGCAGCAGCAGCUGCUGCAGCAACAGCAGCAGCUACUGCAGCAACAGCAGCUAUUGCAGCAGCAGCAAACGCGGAGGGGCCCCCCGUUCAUGUUCUCGGCUCCUUCCGAGGUAGCAGACGCAGCACUGCAGCAGCAGCAGGCUAUAGUAGAGCAGCAGCAGCAGCUACUGCAACGGCAGCUGCUGCAGCAGCAGCAGCAACAGCAGGAAGACGUCUCUGUAGCGGAGCUGCAGCAGCUAUAUAUCCGAUGCCACUCGAUGAGGUGGCGGUCGCGGCUUUUAGAGUUAUUUCAAUCGGAAGCAGAGGCAGCACUGCAGCAGCAGCAGCAGCAGCAGAUGCAGGAGCAGCAGAGACGCCAGAAGCUCCUGCAAACGCUGCAGCAGCAAAUGCAAGCUGAUGACGCUACAGGAGCAGCAGACGACUCCCCGGAAGCAGCAGCAAAGACAGUGCUAGCUGAGGCAGCUGCGGCGCUGAAGCCAGCAGCAGCAGCAGCAGCUGCUGCUGCUGCUGCUGCAGCGGAAGAAGAAGCAGCAGCAGCAGCAAGCCCACAGAAGACAGCUGCACCUACCAGGGGCUCUCCUUCGUUGCAUGCAGCUCGACGAGUUGUCGCUGGGGAAGCAGCAGGCAGCUUGUUUGCUGCUGCUGCCAAGGACACAGCAGCAGCAGCAGCAGCAGGAAAGGAAGCGGCAGCAUCUGAAGGGGCAGCAAAUGAAGAAGCAGCAGCAGCUGCAAAAGCAACAGGGGCAGCAGCAGGCGUCAGCAUCAGCAGCAGCAGCAGCGACAAACCCACCCAAAGUUUGUUUGGAUUUGGGGGGUUCGGCUCAGCAGCAGCACCAGCAGCAGCACCAGCAGCACCAGCAGCAGAAGCAGCAGCAGGCUCCGGCCGCUCUGCUACUGCUGCGGAAACGCCAGCAGCAGAAGCAGCAGCAGCAGCAAUAGAAGGCAGCGCUUCUGAUACAAAACAGACAGCAGAAAAAACUACCGCUGCUGCAGCACCUGCAGCAGCAGCACCUGCAGAAGCAGCAGCACCUGCUGCAGUCUCUUCAGCAGCACCAAAGGCAUCUGGGAGCCUCUUUGGGGCUGUGGGUUUCUCUUUCGGUUUGCAGCAGCAGCAGCAGCAACAGGCAGACAAACAACAACAACAGCAGCAGCAGCAGCAGCAGGCCCCACGCUUGUUUAGUUUCGGUGCAGAGAGUAGCACAGCAGCAGCAGCAAAACCAGCAGCGGAAGAUACUUCUGCUGCUGCUGCAGCACCAGCAGCAGCUGCAGCACCUUUGUUUGGUGGCAAGAAGAAACUGCAGCUAACUGCAGCAACUGAUUCUGCUGCUGCUGCGCCUGCUGCUGCCGAAGCUUCUGCUGAAGCUGCUGCUGCAGCAAAGUGGCCAGCCCUCUUCGGAGCAGCAGCAACUGCCACCAAACCAGCAGCAGCAGCAGCAGCAGCAGCACCAGCAGCAAACCCCUGGGGAGCCGCAGCUGAUGCUGCAGCAGCACAGAAGAAGGUUUCGGGAGUCACUGAAGGAGGGGCCCCCAAGGCAGCAGCAGAGACCAGCAGCAGCAGCAGCAAAGAUGGCGCGACUGAAGCACCUUUCCGCAGCCUAUUCAGCGCCCCGUCUGCUGCAGGGGCGCCUGCUGCUGCUGCUGCUGCUGCUGCUGAUAAACAAGAAAAGCCUGCUGCAGCAUCUGAGGAGACAGACAAAGACAAACAGAAGAAUGCUGCUGCUCCUGCUGCUGGCACUGCCGCUCCUGCUGCGGCGGCCGGAGAAACAGCAGCAGCCAAGCCCGCAAGCAGCAGCGACAGCAAAGAUAGCACUGACAGCAGCAACAGCAGCAGCAGCAGCAGCAAACCUGCUGCAGUGCCUUGGUGGCUAGCAAAUGUUGGGAAGCCCUGUGAAGUGCAUAUAGAGCCGGAUGGUUUUGCUGAUGAUGCAGACGACUCUGCUGCUGAUGCUGCUGCUGAUGGUGGUGGUGGUGCUGCUGCGGAAGACGCUGCAGCAUCAGCAACGCCAGCAGAAGCUGCAGCACCAGCAGCAGCAGCACCAGCAGCAAAACCGCAGCAGCAAGCCUCUACUGGCGGCAGCCUCUUCGGCAACCUCCCUAUACCCAAAGCAGCUCCCACAGCAUCUUCUUUGUUCGCUUUUGGUGGCAGCAGCAGCAGCAGCAGCAACAGCAGCAGCAGCAGCAGCAGCAGCAGUGGGAAGCCGCCGCCCCUCUUUACUUUUGGCAGCAGCAACAACAGCAGCAGCAGCAACAGCAGCAGCAGCAGCAACAAGGGAACUACCUCGCUGUUUACUUUUGGCGCUGGCAGCAGCAACACCAGCAGCAGCAACAAAAACAACAGCAGCAGCGACAGCAGCAACGCCCAGCCCACCUCUCUCUUCGGACAGCCGUUGAGUAGCGGGGGUGCUGCUGCUGCACCAGGCUCCCUGUUUGGGGGUAGCAGCAGCAGCAGCAACAGCAGCAGCAACAGCAGCGGCACAGGCAGUCUGUUUGGCGGUAGCAGCAGCACGGGCCUCUUCGGCUCUCUAGGCAGCGGCUCAGCAGCACCAGGGGGGAGUCUCUUUGGCUCAGCAGCAGCAGCACCAGCAGCAGCAGCAGGGAGCAAGCCUUCGUUGUUUGGGAGCAGCGGCAAUAGUAGCAACAGCAGCAGCAGCGACACAGCAGCAGGCAGCAGCAAGCCUAGUCUCUUCGGGGGGGCGUCAAGCGCAGCACCAAAACCGCUUUUUGUCUUUGGUCGCAGCAGCAACAGUGGUAGCGGUGCAGCAGCAGCAGAACCAGCAGCAGCAGCAGAACCAGCAGCAGCAACGGGAGCAGCAGCAGCAGGGGCCCCUAACAAGCCCUUUGUUUUUGGGAGCAGCAGCAAUACGACAACAGCAGCUGAGAAGCCUCCCUUAUUUGGCGGCAGCAGCAGCAACAGCAGCAGCACAGCAGCAGCAAAGGGGGCCCCCAGUCUCUUUGGGCGUUUGCUGCCCUUAGGGGCCCCAUCUGGAGCUGCUGCUUCGGGUGUUAAUUUAAAGCCAGCAACAGAACAAGACACAGCAGGAGGGCAGCAGCAGCAGCAGCAGCAGCAGCAGCAGGUUCGGCUUCGAAGAGGAAGAAGCGAAGGAGAAGAACCACCAGCAAAGAGUUUGUUUCGCCCCAGAGAUGAGGGUACAGCAGGGGCCCCCCAAACCCCAUUUGGAGGCCCCCUGCUCGGCGCCAGCCAAGGGCAAGGGGGGGGGGCCCCCCCUAUCUUUGGCUUCUUAGGGGGCCAGCAGCAAGACAGCAGCAGCAGCAGCAACAGCAGCAGCAGACAGGCAGGAGCAGCAGCGGAAGCCAAGCCCACUGCGGGGUUUAGCCUCUUUGGAGGGGGGCCCCCAAAGGGGGCCCCCGGUGCAGGAGGGGGCCCCUCUGGGUUUUAA